AUGUUUUCGGGUGAACACCACGCUCCAUCAGAUGAAGCAGACUCAAGUUUAAAUACAGCAUCGGAAGAGGAAUCCACCACCACAUUUGUGAUCGAUGCCAAGUACCUUUUUGCUUUGUUAAAAGGGUUAAACCAGAUUAUGUUCGAAAAGGAUGAUUUGAUGACUGAGUCCAUGAUGAAUCAACAAGUAUUCGGCAACGAAAUAUUGAGUGAAGAACAAAAUAAUUUUGUGAAUAGAUGUAAACAAUUGAUUCGAUUGGCAUCCUACAAAAAUUGGACACCAACACAACUCAAAGAACAUUUACUGAGCGAUGAUGACGCAAAACGAGUUUUCAAUACAAAUGAUCUUGUGCAGACAUGGGUUAAAUUCUGGACUCAAUUUUCUUCAAGAAUUCACCAACAAUUAGUUAAUGAGUCAAAAGAAGAUUUUGGUAAUAAUUUGACAGACAUGAAAUGGAGAAUAGACCAAAAAACUAAUAUCAAUAGAUUAAGCGAAAUUAGCGAAAGCGUGGCCGUUGUUCAACUUAGCACCAAACAAGAUCCAAAUCAUCCUUUACUUUUUGAAAUGGAUAAGGAUACUUUGAAAAGUGUUAUGGAACAAUUCAAAGUUAUUCAAAAACGAAUUGAUCAGCUUUCAUAA